AUGAGUAGAUUCGCUGCCCUCGCCCUGCUCAUCGCUGGUGUGAGAUCGGCGGAUCUGCCGGGCCUCACCUUCACUCCCAAUUUCAAUCAUUUCUCGGGAUUUCUGAAUGCUUCCGAUUCUAAAUUCUUGUUCUUUUGGAUGAUCGAAUCUCAGAAUGAUCCCGGAAAUGAUCCUUUGAUACUGUGGUAGGUGUGACUGAGUGGUUGUGAGAGUUAUUCGUUGUGAUUUAUGGUUGUUGAAAUCUCCUUUUCUCAUCAUUACUGCUUUGAAGAACAAAUAAACUUCAGGUUGAAUGGCGGACCAGGAUGUUCGUCUUUACAAGGAGCUUUUCUCGAGAAUGGUCCCUUCAGAUUGGCUCCAGAUGGCCGCGAGAUAACUGAAAAUGAAAAUUCGUGGAACAAGGUGAGAUAUAAUACUUGCCAAAACUUGGCUGACUUUAUCAUACAAUGACAAAUUCCUUCAGUUCUCGAACUUAUUAUACCUCGAGAGCCCCGUGAAUGUUGGUUUCUCAUAUUCCAGUCGAAAUGAAUCCACAUUAGACGACCAUACGGUAAGACUCAAAUCUCAUUCACCUAUUUGGUAUCUAAGACAGCUACCGAGAAUCUUAUGGCCCUCAUCCAUUUCUUCACUUUAUAUCCCAAUUACAAAAAGAAUGACUUUUAUAUAAUGGGAGAGAGUUACGCCGGCUAUUACAUUCCCACAUUGGCUACACUAGUCCUGGAACAGGUUGAUUAUCGGUUCAAUUUGAAGGUUCGUAUUGCUUGGGUUACAUCAUCGGUAAUGUUCAGGGUAUUGCCAUCGGGAAUGGUGUGGUAGAACAGGGCUGGGACUCUGUCUUUGCCCCAUUUUAUGCCCAUUCCAUUGGACUUUUGGGAAAACACCAAUUUGAAUACUUUACAUCGAGAUGUUGCUUAUCAGCCAAGUCUCCAGACACUUGUAGUACGACCUCCGAAUGUGUGAAAAUGAGUGUGGAAAUGACCAUGAACAUCCCCGGCGUUGAUCCCUACGACGUCUCCGAACACUGUCUCGAUUAUCUUGGCGAGGUCAAACAGGUAAGUUGAGGGCUGAAAGAAAUGAUGAUAUGAAUUUAUACUGAAUAUGAUCGUUGAUGUUUAGGAGACCAUAUCCUGUUUCAACGACUCCUCUUUUGAAGCCUAUAUGAAUCGAAAGGAAGUUCGGACAGCUCUGAAUGUUCAUCACGACCUUGAGUGGAAAGUAUGCAAGUAAGGAUUACUGUAAUUUCCACAAAUAAAUAUAGGAAUCUUGCAGAUCCGGCUGGAAGACAGUAUAAUGAAUCAACAUUCCCUUCAAUGCAACCGUUUAUACAUUACAUUCUAAAGAAAGCCGUGAGAGUGUUGUAUUUCUAUGGCGACACUGGUAACUAAGCACAUUUAAUGACAUUGCUUUAGAUAUGGUAUGUAAUCACAUGAUCGGAGAGUACUUCACUGCCAAACUUGGAGGUACUCCGGUCAAAGAUAGUGUUCCAUGGCUGUUUAAUGGGAGGAUUGGAGGUAAAAAGACGACAUAUGAGAGUGAUCUGACCUACACAACGAUCCACGGAGCCGGUCAUAUGGCCCCUCAAUGGAGACCUGAUGUGACUGCUUACGUGAUACGGAGUUUUUUGAAUAAUCAAGAGUUCUAG